UAUCACGGUUCCUCUGAGAGAAUUUAACGUAAAGUCUAAAACCCACUCAUCCAUAUCAAUUCCAAACCAUGGCAAAUCUCAUCGUUGGUUCCAAUAAAAGCUAUAGUUUACUGUUUAAAUAUUGCUCUGGUCAUUGGUUAGAUUUGAAGGGGAAAAAAGAAAGAACCAAAAAGCCAAAAAAAAUCCGACCAAAACCUUCCUUUCUUUAACCUUGACUUCUUGUCUGUAUUUCCUCUCUCCUUUUAGGGUGCAAAUAAGUUGGCGAGCAUUUAAUAAUACCCAUCUUUUCUGUGACAAACACAAGGCAAUUCAUAGCUACUGAUAAGCUCCUCCUUAGCCCUUUGUUUGUAAACAUGAGGCCAAAGAUCUAUCAGUUUGGAGACUUUAUCACGGAGUCUUUCGGUGAUGGCGGUUGGGGCGCUUCUCUUGCCAACCAUUUCUCUCGCACGGUAGAUGUGGUGCUGAGAGGGUACAGUGGAUACAAUAAAAGGUUGGCGUUGAAGAUAGUUGAUAGGGUAUUUCCAGGGGCGGAAAGCUCUGGUGCGGCGGCGCCACUUGCAGUAACGGUGUUCUUUGGAGCUAACGACGCUUGCCUUCCCGAUAGAUACGGUGCUUUCCAACACGUGCCGCUUGAUGAGUACAAGCGGAAUCUCCACUCUAUCGUCGCCUCUCUCAAGAAGCGGUGGCCAAGUACUUUGAUUCUCCUAAUUACACCUCCUCCAAUUGAUGAAGUUCAACGCAUUAGACAUCCUUACGUUGAGAAUCCAUUGGGUUUGCCGGAGAGGACAAAUGAAGCUGCCGGGGCUUUUGCCAAGGCAUGUGUUGAAACUGCUGGAGAAUGUGGAAUUUCAGUGGUAGAUCUCUGGACCAGGAUGCAGCACUAUCCUGAUUGGCGCAAUGCUUUUCUUAGUGAAAUACAUUUGGUAGUGUCUGAAGACGUAGGCGUAAUUUACAAAACGUCGUUAAAUUUUUGGUGUUCUUUAUUGUUUUUAUUUAUUUUUCAAUAUUUUGUAGGAUAUAAUUGUAGUGAUAUAGUGUGCUAUUAAAUUACAUUGUAGGGAGAUUCUAUAUAAUAGGUUGGGUUUUAAUUGGGACCAUUUAUGACGCUUCCAAUCAUUCAUGACAAUUAAAGUUAGUGUGAUUUUCUAGUACAAUAA